ACUGUACGCUGGUGCUGGGAGCGCCUGCCUUCUCUUGCCUUGAGAGCCUCCUCUUUGGACCUAGUCACCGCUGUCCUCACGGUGAUGUUGGACUCAGUGACCCACAGCACCUUCCUACCCAACACGUCCUUCUGCGACCCCCUGAUGUCGUGGACUGAUCUGUUCAGCAAUGAAGAGUAUUAUCCUGCCUUUGAGCAUCAGACAGCCUGCGACUCCUACUGGACGUCCGUCCACCCGGAGUACUGGACCAAGCGCCACGUCUGGGAAUGGCUCCAGUUCUGCUGUGACCAGUACAAGCUGGAUGCCAACUGCAUCUCCUUCUGCCACUUCAACGUCAGCGGCCCGCAGCUGUGCAGCAUGACGCAGGAGGAGUUCAUCGAGGCGGCCGGCAUCUGUGGGGAGUACCUCUACCUCAUCCUCCAGAACAUCCGCUCGCAAGGUUACUCCUUCUUCAACGACACGGAGGAGACCAAGGCCGCCAUCAAAGACUAUGCUGAUACAAAUUGUUUGAAAACAAGUGGCAUCAAAAGUCAAGACUGUCACAGUCAUAGUCGAACAAGCCUCCAGAGUUCUCAUCUGUGGGAAUUUGUGCGAGACCUGCUUCUAUCUCCUGAAGAAAACUGUGGCAUCCUGGAAUGGGAAGAUAGGGAACAAGGUAUUUUUCGGGUGGUAAAAUCAGAAGCCCUGGCAAAGAUGUGGGGACAAAGGAAGAAGAAUGACAGAAUGACGUAUGAAAAGCUGAGCAGAGCUCUGAGGUACUACUACAAAACGGGAAUUCUGGAGCGAGUCGACCGAAGGCUAGUGUACAAAUUUGGAAAAAAUGCACACGGGUGGCAGGAAGACAAGCUAUGAUCUGCUCGAUUUUACGGAUCUCUGUCUUCUCAAUCAGAUCGCAAUAGACACUCACUGCAAAGUCUUUUUGUUGUUGUUGUUCACCUGCAAGUGAGCUGAUAAAAUUUCUCCACCUCUCAGCUUACGUUUGGAUUCAGAGUUGUUGUUGUCUGCUGGGGGACAGUGGCAGCAGCCCUUAAGAAAUUCCUUAAUUCCUUUUUUUUUUUUCCUUACCCGAGGGGGAGGAGGAGGGCAUGAUCAUUUGCAGUACCUUGAUCACACAUCACUUCCCUAAUCAAGAGUUGCGGAUGCACAGUAGCCCCGUGCUAUUGGUGCCGCUCAGAGGAGAGGGUCCAGUUCUGCCACUGGAGGCUCUCCAGGGCUCCCAUUCAACAGGCUCAGAAGUUUUCACAUUGUUAACAGCGGCAGCUCGCAAAGGAAGAGCAGUUGGGAUAGUGGGAGGGGGUGAGACGUGUGUCAGACAGACACACUGCAGAUUUUAAAUAGUUCGCAUCAGAUGCCAUAGAAGAGUUUCUUAAUCGAUAAAGGAGCGAAUCCAUCAAGCUGGGACAUGACUGGACUUAGCCUAGGCUUAAUAGUAAGUUUCUGAACCAGAGCAUCCCUGGGGCCACUCAGCAAAAUUCCCAUAGCCAUCUUUCUAGAGCAACACACUUAAAACUAGGCACAUUAUUGACUCCUGCUGAGUUUAUUUCCCCCUCUUCUCCUCCUGGUGGGGGGCGGCCAGGUUAGUCUAUGGAUACUUGCACCGAUUUCCAAACCACCGGUGUUUCUGAUUCAAGCUGCCAGCGCCACAAAAUUGGAACUCAAUCAUUCCGUCUGUGGCCAAGGCGUUAAAUAAACCCUUAUAGAACUGGCAGUGUCCUGACAACUCUGUAAAGGCCAAUUAAAUGUGUAAGUCUCUUUUGUUUUGUCUUCCCGGAAUGUACUCAAGCUCUAAAAUAUAUUUCCUUGACAAAAGUAGAGUGAAUUUAUACCAGUAAAUGUCACGGGUUCGAGUCUGCACUGGCAUCUUCUCAUUACUCGCCAGUGGGGAAGCCAUGAGUGACCUACAACGAGGUGGCUGUCCCUAGGGCUGCUACUCCGCCAGAGCAGGGAUCUCCAUGUGACCAGGCACUGAACCACCGUACAGGCUGAGGACCUCCUUGCGUAGAGUUUAACUUCAAAAGCAACGUGCUUUAAAAAAAAUGUGAAUUACUGUAAAAUAAUCUAUUUUUGGAUUCAUGUGUUUUCCAGGUGGAUAUAGUUUGUAAACAAUGUGA